CGAGCCGGGCGCCGCGCGGUCACCUGCUCCUGCCGCUUGUUCCCGGCCGGUGUCGGCCUGCCUGGUACGGCCCCCGCCGAGCCCGGAGCAAAGGGACAAGCCGGGCCGAGGCGGGCGGGUAGCGCCCCCUGGCGGCGAGGGAGGCGCUGACGCCGCGGGCGCGGCCGCGUGUCUCCCACAGGUCCCCGGCUCGGCGCGGCCAUGGCGGACGCGGCGCAGAACGGGCCAGUGCAGGGCGGCGCCGGCGGCGGAGCCGUGCAAUUUCUUAUGACCAACAAAUUAGACACAGCAAUGUGGAUUUCCCGUUUGUUCACAGUUUACUGUUCAGCUUUAUUUGUCUUGCCUCUCCUGGGGUUGCAUGAAGCAGCUAGUUUUUAUCAGCGUGCCUUGCUGGCAAACGCUCUUACCAGUGCUCUUCGCUUACACCAGAGGUUGCCACACUUUCAGCUCAGCAGGGCAUUCCUGGCUCAGGCUUUGUUAGAAGACAGCUGCCACUACCUAUUAUAUUCUCUCAUCUUUGUUAAUUCUUACCCUGUUACGAUGAGUAUUUUCCCAGUUUUGCUGUUUUCUUUGCUUCAUGCUGCCACUUAUACAAAGAAAGUUCUUGAUGCGAGAGGUUCAAAUAGCUUCCCCUUUCUGAGAAAUCUCUUAGACAAGCUAAAUGCUAAUCAGCAGAAUAUUCUAAAAUUCAUUGCUUGCAAUGAAAUUUUCCUGAUGCCAGCCACAGUUUUUAUGCUUUUCAGUGGCCAGGGAAGCCUGCUUCAGCCCUUCAUUUACUAUCGAUUUCUUACACUGCGUUAUUCCUCCCGUAGAAAUCCAUAUUGUCGGACUCUGUUCACAGAGCUGAGAAUCGUUGUUGAACAUCUAAUAAUGAAACCUUCAUGCCCUGUUUUUAUAAGAAGACUCUGUCUCAGCAGCAUUGCCUUUAUAAGCAGACUGGCACCAACAGUUGCAUAGUUAACUUCCAGAAGAAUGCGUGUGUAUUGUGAACACUUUGAGCAGUUGGCACUUCUGCUGGUUAUAAAUUCCAGAUUUUACACUGAUCCUAUUCCAGGUUGUAUAAAAAAUGUGCAUAAGCUUCCCUCUGCUCCAAUUUAUUGUCUUACAAGCAACUCUUAAAUUUCUAAAAAUUAUGCUAUAUUGCUAACUGGUGAAAAUGUGUGCAUCUUGGCUAAAAUAUUUUUCAGGUGAAAUAGCCCAAUCACAGGAUGUCUUUCAAAAUAUGGCUAACAGUUGUGUUUUAUUUCAACUUUAUCUGCUGGAAGGAAAUAGUUUUUGAGUAUCUGAGUCAGCUCCAUAGCUACUGUAAGUUGAUCCAAAAAGUAGCUUAGUUUUCAGUGAAUAGCAAUUCACAACAUACUUGUGCAGUACACUAUGAACAGUAUUCUUUCAUUCCCAGCACACCUUAACUUGCUCAAUAUAAAUCAAACAUGGCUGGCUUAAAAUGUGAGGGCAGGCUUAAAAAUCUAGCUGUGAUGUUGCAGUCUUUGGGGAAGAGCCUGUUCUUUUUAUAAAAGUGAACACAUGGUAGUGAUUAACUGAGAAUUUUUUUUCAUAGCUUGUAGCUGGGAGAGCUCUUAAAGUUCUGUCCACACUGUCUCUUUACAAGAUAUGGCUUUGCCACCAUUAAUGAGGUUGGUAAUCCAACAGGUUUUUAUUUUUAAAAUAAAAAUGCAGUGCUUUUAAAGUCCUAUCAAUCUCUAAAGUAAAAAUCAUGCACUGAUUUACUACUCUUUUCCAGAACCUCUACAAGUAUAUCUACACAAGAACCUGAAAGUAGGAUUAGUUACUGUAGCUACUUUUCCCCCUCCCCUCCCUGCCAAGAAAACUAAUUUGCAACUAGCACUACAUGCAGCUUCUUUUUCUUUUUCCUCUUCUAGUUCCUGAGACCUGUUGAAAUGGGGAGUUCACACAAAUCAUUGCACCUGUUUGAAUACUUAUUAAAACAAACUGCUGUAGAGCAAAUUUAGUAUAAAUCCACAUGACUUUGCUGAUUGGGAGGGAGAACACUCGGUGACUAGAGACCUAUAUUAACAUUGGGUGUGGAUUAUGCAUGUACCUAGCAUAUUUUGCUAUCUAAUGGUAGCUCGUGGAAAAACAAUACUGUCUGAACUGAGCUUGUUUCCUGAAAGGGGAAUUGGGCACAGUAUGUAAUUUUAGUUGUAAGGAAGUUAGAUGCUACUCUUUUGGGGUUUCUCUAAACUCCCUUACUGUCCUUUUACCACUAUUUUAUGGUCAGUUCAGACCUCCUAUUUAAAUCUUUUGGAACACCUGUUCGUAAAGCAGAACACUUUCCUGUAACUAGAUAGCUUCCUUCCAUGUGAUGUGGAUGUAAUUUAGCCUUCACUGUUGCAUUCAUUUAGCCUCUUUGUCAAGCUAUGCAUCUGUACAUUUUUGUUUUGGUUUUUUUGUGCUUAAUUUUUAGGUACUGACAAAGGAGAUGCUUAGUAGGGUGAUUCUAUUGGAUAUUUUCAUCCUAAUGUUCUUAAAAAUAAUUGGCUAUUUAUGGAAACUUUGCACACUGCUAAAGUAACUGUAUGCAGUACUAUUGUACAGCUGCUGAUAUUUGCAAUUAACCUCACAAUCUGUAUAUCUUGUAAUUUGAGGGUUUUAUAAAAAAACUACAAUUUCUACAGCAAUAAAACAAAUGUCAAAAAAGUA